AUGAAGGGCUUAUGUACCAUGAGUACACUUCUUUCGCCAGAGAGUAUGGAGCUUUCUGUUAUCGAUCCAAUAUGGUGUAGUAACCAUAUUGAGUUUAAAAUAUGCAUAUGGAAUAGUCUCGCACGAGAAGUGCCGUUAAGUAGUACAUAUCGUAGGUUUAGUGAAAUUUAUCCUGUGUUUAAAAGAUUAGUUGAACUUCAACCUAGUCCUCCGUUACCUCCUCUUCCAGAGAAAAAGUUUUUUGGUAGUACUGAUCCAAUAUUUGUAGAGAAACGAAGAAGGGAAAUUGAAACCUUUUUACGGGCGGUCUGUAGAAAUAGGUUUUUGGUACAUGAUGUAGCGUUUCUCUCAUUAAUAGGCUUUUCUGACGCCAAGGCAGCAUUGGCACUAGAGGCUGAGAAGAAAAUUGGAAUUUUUAAAAGCAGUAAAGAAGGUUUGUUAUCAUAUAUACCGUUUGAUAUGCCUCCUUUAAAUGUAGAAGAACUGUUGCUCGUAACUCGUCAGGUUCUGCGAUCAACUAAUUAUUCAUCAGUGGGUGUUUUGCCUCCGUUAUCAUUCCGCCCACCACGUCGAGUUCAUGCCAUUAUAAGAGAUAAUUCUGAGGAAUACAUUUUAAGUAUAAUUCAAUCUCAUCCAACGCGAGGUAUAAAUCUUACUAAUAACAAGAAAGCUGAACGAUUUUGUAGUUUGGUAUCACGUCCUAUUUUGCCUUGCGUGUUUUCACCAGUUGAUGUUUUCACAGACGGAAUUCGAGCCUAUAUUGUUCGUAAGAUCAUUAAAAAAGGUUCUCUGCGUGAUUGUCUUUAUAAAGCUACUUGGAGUACUACAUCUGAGCAAAAAUUUACGGGAAGUGGUAAACCUUUCCGUUCUCAUUAUAUAUCAGUUGUUGUAAGGGAAGCAUUGAUAAUGUUAAAAUCAUUUCAUUCUUUUAAUAUUACAUGUACAAAUUUGAACUUAGGCAAAUGUUAUGAUGUUAAUGGGAAAAUAAUGUUUGCAGGUAUUGAAGACAUAUUAUUAGGUAUUACAUGUUUUCCGGUCGUCUUACCAGGUACUGAAUAUACACAUAUGGAUAUAUUACUUGUGGGUUUACUAGCUCUGGAAAUGGCUAUGGGAAUUCCAAUUUCAGAAGAGGGAGAAAUGGACUUUGUCUCUGCUUUUAAGGAUCCUACAGAAACUGUUGAAGUUGAUAUUAAGUCAAGAACUAAAUUUGUAACACAAUUGUUAGAAGAUAUGCCAUCCUUUAUUCCUAAAGAGGUAGUUUCUUUCCUAAAGACAGUUUUUGACCCCACACAUACUGUUGAGGUUGAUGAGUUACUCCAGCAUCCCUUUAUUGUGAAUAAGAAGCAUAAAGUAUAUCGUGAAGAAGAUAAGGAAGGCAAGGUUAAGUGUCAACCGGUAGAACUAAGAGAAAAGGAGUCUCAACUAUUUCGUGAUGUUGCCAAUAACUGGAUAAAGGUUGUUAAAGCUGCAAGUGUUCGUAUGAUGUAUGAACAGGAAAGUCGUUUUUUUCUUAAAGAAAUAAAGCAUCGAAAAGGAGACUCUAGAGGAUUUCUAGUACAGGAUAAUUCCUCAAAUACUUGUAGCCCACAAAAGGACCUCUUGUCCAGGGAUACAUUAGCACAGAAUAUCAUGACAGUCCAAAAUGUGGAAACAAGACUGACUGAAUUAGAGUGUAGAACCGAUUCUUUGACUACCACAGACUCAGUGAUGCCACCACGACCCCCGCAACCCCCACCGAAAGGCUUACCUCCUCCUCCUCCUCCUCCUCCUCCAAAAAGAUUACCACCACCACCACCACCACCACCACCAGCAAAGUGUCCAAUAUCGUCUUAA